AAAAUAUAGCUCAGCAAAUCAAACCAAAUUUAAGUUUUGUGAGCCUAACCCAAUAGGGUUUUUAAGCCCACCAACACGCGGGGUCUUUUCUUGUUUUCCGUCUGGUGAGAUUUGGGCGGCAUAUUACUCAAUUUAAUCAAAAUUGUAUUUCUUUUCCUGCAAUUUGUCCGUAUAUAAAAAUCUCAACUCUUCAAUGGAAAUUUAGGCGCAGUCUUAAUCGCAGGAAGGGCCUGAAGCUCACCUACCUCUCUCAAGCAGCUGUUUAAGGUCUCCGAGUUUCAUUGCUUUGCUGAAGGGUAGAUGGAUAAGUUUUUCUUGUACUGGAUUUCCAAUUGAAAUCUCUAGAUUGGGUUAGCUUAUUUUUUCGGUUGAUAAAAUGCCAUCUGGGUUGUUUCUAAAUCUCAAUAUUGUAUCUGGUCUCUGCUUUCGAAAGGCUCUGAGAGUUGAACAAUCUCAAACCCUCCAUUUGAUACAAUCCCUUUCAUCCAGAAACAGUUUUAGUGGUUUUAUACCUGGAUUCAGCAGUCAAUCGUUGAGAUAUUCGAGCAAAUUAAAAAAUAAAAGUAUUAUGGCUACUCCUGGUUCAGUAGUUGCAUCCGGUGGUGGUAAUUUAUCAGGAUUUGUGAAGCCUGGUGUUGUUUGGUUUGAUGAUAGAGGUUUGAAGAUGUGUGGGAAAGCUAAAGUGAGCUUGAGAAGUGUAGAGAAUGAAAAACGAAAUUGUUCAGUUGGACUUCUUGUGUUUGAUUUUGAAGCCAGAUGUUCCAUCUCUGGCUCUCUGUUUUCUAAAAGGAUGGGUAGUAGCAGAACUUUCUCGUCUUCAUGUUACUCUGAUGGGAUUAUGCCAGAAGGUUCAAGUGAUGGAUCUUUAAGUGCAGAGCAGCUGUCAGGUCUUGCACUUUCGGUUGAGGAGAGGAGUCCGGAUCAUAGCACUGUGAAGCUUUUGUCUGGAGCAUGUUACAUGCCCCAUCCAGAUAAAGAAAAAACAGGUGGAGAAGAUGCUCAUUUUAUAUGUGUUGAUGAGCAAGUAAUCGGUGUUGCAGAUGGGGUGGGUGGUUGGGCAGAUGUAGGUGUUAACUCGGGGGAUUAUGCCCGCCAGCUCAUGUCUAAUUCUGUAGAAGCCAUUAGAAAAGCGCCAGGUGGCGAUGUUGACCCCUUGUUUGUGUUGGAAAAGGCCCAUGCGGCAACUAGUAUGAUGGGUUCUUCGACUGCUUGCAUUGUUGCCCUGAAAAGCCAGAAUCUUCAUGCCAUCAACAUUGGAGAUAGUGGGUUUAUUGUGAUCAGGAAUGGGCGCACAGUAUUCGAAUCGCCUGUACAACAGCAUGGUUUCAAUUGCCCUUAUCAACUCGAACGAGGGACAUCAGGUGAUCUGCCAAGUUCUGGACAGGUUUUUAAAGUUCCAGUUGUACCUGGAGAUGUGGUCGUUGCAGGUAGUGAUGGCUUGUUCGACAAUUUGUAUAAUAAAGAGAUAGCGACUAUUGUGGCUGAUGCUGUCAAAGAAGGUUUUUGUCCUAAUGCCACAGCCCGAAAGAUUGCUGAGUUUUCACGUAUACGGGCUCUGGACAGGAAAUGUCGGAGCCCGUUUUCUGUUGCAGCUGAACAAGCCGGAUUUGCUUUCUAUGGUGGUAAACUCGAUGACCUAACCGUUGUAGUCUCAUAUGUUUCUUGUUAGCUUUGCGUUUUGAACUAACUAUAUGUCUCGUGAAUAUAUAUUUAAUUAGCAAUUUUAUGCGUGACAAUAUCUAUUUAAUUUUUUGGUUUCUACAUUGUAUUUGUCACAAAUUAGAUGUUCCACAAGAUGUCACCACAAUAAGAAUUGUUGAUUUGGGGGUAGUUUGGCUAAAUUUACAAUAUCUUAUGAGUUCAUGUAUUGUAUGCGCGUGAGCCACAGCUUGAGCAGGCUUGCACCUCCAUAGACCUUCAAUUUCUAAAUGUUUCUAAAGCACAAUCGGUAGUGUAUCUGUGAGACAAGUUCAUAAGAAUGUCAUCCAAGUCUGUGCUUUCUCUGUAGCUUUGUUUGGUUAUAUGCAAAAAAGGCAAUUGAACUGAAUAAUUCCUUUUAGUUUUUAUGCUCAGGUUUGUUCCGGAUAGGACUGUUAACGAACCGAGCGUUUGUGAACAAAAGUUCGUUCGGUUGUUAAUCGAGC